UUUCACUUUGUUAAGAUUAAAAUUAUUAUCAGCUCGUUGAGCUUCACAAUAUGUAUGGGCUAAGAACAGUAACAUCGUUCAGUUUCCAAGAGCUAGCUCUCCUAAACAAACGGUGUUAUUGAUAAUUCACAUCCAUACUCCAUUGCGAAUAUCCUUGAAGCAGCAUGAUAAUAUACAUCAUAUUGAUUUUAUUUGUUCUCUACGCAUUCCUGAAAUAUGUAUACUCAUACUGGGCUCGUAAAGGAUUCCCAUACAUACCACCUACCAUCCCCACGGGAAACAUGUCAUCACUAGUGAAGCGCGAAGCAUCCUUCGGCAUGAAUAUUUACCAAUUAUAUGAGUCUACAAAAGAACCGUUUAUUGGAAUAUAUUUGUUCUUCCGGCCAGCAUUGUUGAUAAGGGAUGCUGAGCUGGCAAGAAGAAUCCUCACUGUUGAUUUCAAUUAUUUCCAUGAUCGUGGUGUGCAUUCAAAUGAGAGGACGAAUCCUCUCUCCGGAAACUUAUUCUCAUUGCCCGGCGAGAAAUGGAAAAAUUUACGAACGAAAUUGACACCGACAUUUACAUCGGGGAAAUUGAAGAAUAUGUUCACAACACUGGAAGAUGUUGGAAAUGCCAUGCUGGAAUAUCUACGUGAUGAAAUACCAUCAGGUCGGAAAACUAUCGAAUUGCGAUCUUUGACAACAAUGUACGCAGCGGAUGUUAUUGCUUCAACCUUUUUCGGACUCAACAUCAACACAUUCAAAGACACGAACAAUUCCUUCCAUAAUCUUCGAUAUAAACUCAACCAAAACACAUUUUUCAGGACAUUAGCUUCAUCCGCAAAUUUUCUUUGCCCCAAGCUAGUUGAUAUGUUCCAUUUAUAUCUGGUAAAUAAGGCUAUAGUUAAAUAUAUGGUGGAUUUGGUGAAGGAUACAAUGGAAUAUCGGGAACAAAACAACGUCACGAGGAAAGACUUUAUGCAGCUCCUUCUGCAGCUAAGGAAUACGGGUGAGGUGAAGGAGGACGGCGAUUGGACUACUGGCAGCGCUAAGGAUGGCAGAAAAUCUCUGACGAUAGAGCAAUGUGCCGCUCAAGCGUUUAUAUUCUACAUUGCCGGCCUGGAGACAACAGCUGCCACGGUAUCCUUUUGCCUCUAUGAACUGGCACAGAACGAGGAUGUCAAAAAUAAAUUGCUCAAAGAUAUCAACGAAACAUUGGAAAAGCACAAUGGUGAAUUCACGUAUGAUUGCAUUCAGGACAUGAAAUAUUUGGAUCUAUGUAUUCUGGAAACGAUCCGCAAAUAUCCAGGACUUCCAAUCCUGAAUCGUGAGUGCACAAAAACAUACCAAAUACCCCAUAGUGAAUACGUUAUUGAAGAAGGAACAGCUGUUGUUAUAUCUCUGAUGGGACUGCAUCGUGAUCCGGAGUAUUUCCCAGAUCCACUCAAAUUCAUGCCUGAGCGCUUCUUGGAUGGUCAACGCAAUUACAACGACGUCGCUUACUUUCCUUUUGGAGAAGGUCCCCGAACAUGUAUUGGUUUACGUCAAGGUAAAUUGAGUGCGAAAGUGGCCCUGGUGAAAAUAUUGACGUCAUUUAAAGUGGACGCCGUAGAAAAACAGGAAAUUGAGUUUGAUAACUUCUCUGUUGGGCUGAUACCGAAGGAUGGAGCGAAUGUAGUACUUACGAGAAUUGAGUGAAUGAAGUUAUGUCAGUGGGUACUACACCCACAUAAAAUGUAGUGAACAUUUAAUAUGAUUUGGUGACUACAUAACAUAUGUGUGACCA